CAUAAAACCGGUACGGUACGUUCUCUUGGAGCUGCUCACAAUUUCCGCAAAUAAUUUCGGCGAGGGUGCGCCGAGUCGAGUUGGACUUACAGUCCUAGGCCAUGGCAAACUCUAAGUAUACCUCUCAACGGAGAAGCGUCCCGCACAGCCACGACAAAUAAAUUUAUUGCCAGGCAAAUCGCCAAACAGCAGCUGAAGGACCGGUGGAAAUUCAGGGGUUCAACGCACCGGUACCGUACCUUUUGUCGUGGUACCUUCACGGAUCGGAGGCAACUUCAAGCAAGAGCAUCCAGUGCCGUCAUUGGAACGUCGAUAAUUAUGAAGAGACGAGGGAGCUUUCCUUCACGCAGCCUCCCAGCGGUACCGGUACAUCCCGGCACUGCUUCCACACUCUUGCUUGAGGAUCCGAUUUUCGGAGAGCACCUCACUGGUAUCGGGAUGCCAUAGGAUUACCCCACUGGUAUAAAGCUCACAAUCAACAAGAUCAAUCUAAGAUCAGGCCACCGGUACAACAGCGACACAAACCCAAGCUCUUGUCCAUUGCAUUGUUGUUCCUAUUUUAGGCCUUUGCCAAGGAUAGCAUCUUCUCUUCAUCAGCUUCUCUUGUUCUUCUCCAUGUUCAGCCUCAGCCUCGGCCAUGACAGUCUCUCUCACCGAUUCGUCUUCCAACGUAGACGAUCCCGUGGCCUUGGAAGAGGGUCGUCUUGGAGAAAGCUCCAACAAGGGCAACAACAACAGCCACAGCAGCAAACAAGGCAGCAGCAGCAAGCUGUCUACGUUCUUCAAAAAGACAACGUCCGUCAUUGGUAACCAAGCUACCUUUCUGCGAACUGAAGAUGAACACCGAGAACGACGAAGACAGUUAUCGUACGAACCAACUCAUCAUUGGUGGGAACCACCCCUGAGAGCUUGGAUACCGCAAUGCAAUCGAGAAAUCUUGUUAAUUUUGGUCGUCUACAAUACGGCUGUCACGGUCUUGGCUCGCUACUCGGGCAUGUGUGGAAACCCAUCACACCACGAACCAGGUCAUAUAUUCUGCAGCGAUGAUUGGAUAUUAUUGGAAGACAAGGCAUUGGUGGGCUUUGCCGUAGGCAUGUUUCUCCUUUUGGCCUUUCGAUCCAAUCAAGCGUAUGAGCGUUUCUGGGAAGGGCGACGGCUUUGGGGUAGGACACGGGAGGUCUGCCGGGACUAUGCAUUGCAAGUAUGUUCGGUGGUACGAGUAGAGACAGAAGACGACAAGGAAGACCGGAGAAGAGCCGUGGACUAUCUCACAGCUUUUGGGGUGGCCAUGAAGUUGCAUCUCCGUGGCGAACGGCACAUUGUCAGUGACUUGUCCGAAGGGACCAUUGGCAAGACAUUGUCAUUGACGUUUCAAGACAUUGCCAACAUUCAACAGGCCAAAAACAUGCCCCUGUUCUGCUUGGAUGUCCUCUCGGACUAUCUCAACAAACAGCAGCUUGCAGGCAAGUUGUCUGAUUACCAACUUGGUAUCAUCAAUGUGGGGUGCCUUUCGGUCAUGAGUGACACUCUUGGAUCUUGUGAACGCAUUCGCAACACACCAAUUCCCUUGUCCUACGUCCUGCAGCUGCGAUUCUUUCUCAUCUUGUGGCUGGUCCUAUACCCACUCCACGUGGUUGCCUUUUAUGGAUGGUUCACCAUUGUGUUGGCCAACUUGGUCUCCUAUGCUGUGCUUGGUAUAGAGUCAAUGGCCAGUGAGAUUGAGAAUCCCUUUGGAAACGACAAGAAUGACUUGGAUCUGGAUGAGUUCUGUCUUGGCUUUUGCGAGGAUACACAUGAGAUCUUGCGACGCCAUGAAAGUGAAGAUCGGGAGAUGCUCUUUGAUCGUCGUGCCAUUAUGGCACUGGACCAGAGGCGGGAUUUCCGAACUAGUACCAGGAAACUACUGACCAGGCAGCAACCGCCUCGUCAAGUUUCUCAAACAUCGGUCAUGACAGAUUUCAAAGAAACAGACUGGGCUCAAAACUCAUCUUGGGCUCAGCUGACAACAUCCUCUAAGGAGAUCUUGAGGUAGCAAAAGGCCAUGACAAGCGCCCAUGCCAUCCAUGAUGGCUGGAAGCAGCCAAUCCCCAAAUUGAGAGAGCAAAAGAUACUCUUUGGGGUCGAGUUCCGAAAGUCCCAUUACAUUCCACCUACCUGCAUAACAACACACUCCUAUAGCUAGCUACAUGUAGCUAGCUAGAGUGCAUUACAUGUGAUUCUAAAGAUCCUUUUUGAAUACG